UAUAAAUCCAUUACGCCUCCCCCACCCUCUUCUUCCUCCUCCACCUCUCCACCUCCAAGCUCCUUCGAGCUCAAGCUCAUAGAGCACCGAGAAGGAGAUGGCAAAGGUGCACCCCGACGACGCCGCGCGGCCGGGAGUCACUGGGGUCGAGGAGGAGGAGCACCCAAAGCCGGCGGAGUCCACGGCGCUGACGGUGUGGCGCAAGUCGCUGCUCUUCAACUGCGACGGCUUCACCGUCUUCGACGCCCGCGGCGGCCUCGCCUUCCGCGUCGACUGCUACGGCACCUCCGGCAGCCGGCGCCGCCACGCGGAGGCCGUCGUCCUGAUGGACGCCGCGGGGGUCCCGCUCAUCACCGUGCGCCGCAGGAGGCUCAGCCUGGCGGAGCACUGGGUCGUCUACGACGGCGACGGCGGCGAGGGCGACCACGCCCCGAGGCCGCUCCUCUCCGUGCGCCGCUGCCACGCCCGCCUGCUCCGCCACGCCCACUCGUCGUCGCCCAGCAAGCAGAAGGCGCUCGCGCACAUCACGUCGCUCUCGCCGGCGCUGCCAGGGGCGUACGUCGUGGAGGGGUCGUACGCGCAGCGGAGCGUCGCGGUGCGGGACGCGCAAGGGGAGGCCGUUGCGGAGAUGCGGCGGAAGGAGUCGCCGGUGGGCGACGAGGUGUUCCGGCUCGUGGUGUCGGAUCCUCGCCGCCUUGGCGCGCCGCUGGCCAUGGGGAUCGUCAUCGCCCUCGACGAGAUGUUCGGCGGCAGGACCGGCGGUGCCUCCGCCGCUCGCUCGCUGCUGCGGAGGAGCUGGUCCAUGUAGUUAUUACAGUGAUGGCAUACAGGGCCCGCCUGUCAUCCGUGGCUAUGUGUGGCGCGCACAAGGAAAGAACAUUGAAGGAGCUAGCACACGCGGCAUGCACGCGCCAGGAAUUAGGACGAAAUGAAAUUCUUUUUUUGCUCCCUGGAGAAGAGAGGAGGAACUAUACAUGGGAGGGUUAUCAUCAAGACUUCAAGAGGGUUAUGGACUUAUUGUUAAGGAAAAUGCUUCAGGUUGCACUUGUACAUGAUGAAUUGAAUUCAGGAAUAUAUUCAUAUAUUGUACAUCGC